AUGAGUUCAUCAGUAUCAGUAACAGGUUAUGAACAACUGAAAAAAACAUUGGAAAAUUAUGGAAAAGAUAAAAGAAUUUUUGUAUUAUUUUGUGGUGAAAAAGAUAGUCAAGGACAUAGUUGGUGCCCGGAUUGUGUUUUAGCUGAAAAACCAGUAGAAGAAACAGUCAAAUCAUCAUUACCAUCUAAUGGAAUAUUCAUUGAAUGUUCAGUUGGCGAUCGGCCAAGUUGGAAAGAUCCAAAUUGUCCAUUUCGAACAGAUUCGAAACUUCGAUUAACAAAUAUUCCAACUUUAAUGGAAUGGGGAACGACUAAACGUCUUACUGAAAGUCAAUUACUUGAUAUGGAAAUGAUUAAAAUACUUUUUGAAGAAGAUUAA